CGUACAUUCAAUCUAUUCAUUAUAUUAAAAUAUUUUCGAAAUUUUUUGGAUCCUCAUAACAACCAGCGAAUUCAGUUAACCGCGAUUAUUCGACAUACAACGUCAAUAUUUGAAAUCAACACAACAACCACUGUAUCUAAACACAGACAAACCGCAAUAGAAAGAGAUGCGAAGAAAACGAUAAAAAUCAUAAUAUAAUAUACAUUUUAAUAAGAAAUACGAAAAACAAUAAGUACACCAUCCAAUAAGUGAACGGUAGUCCAAUAUAUAGUGUAAAACACAAGCCAGUCUUCAAAUUAAAGGACAAAAAGGCACCAUUCGGAAAAGAAGAAUCAUUUUAAAUUAGAAAAAUACCGUUAUUCGUAAGCCAGCUGUAUUUCGGUUUUGUUUUUGUUAUCAGUCGCCAAUUAAUACCGAAAAAAAGAAAGGACCUUUGCGUGUGCUCGUGUUUAAUUGAAGCACGUUUAAAAACCGAUUCACUCAAGCUUGACAUCAUUUCAUUUGCGUAUUGAAUCUUUCUCUUUUUUUGCACAAACAGAGACUCUCAGUUCGAGAAGACUUUUUCAACCGUUGGAAAUAAUAAAUUGUUUCCGUGCAAUGUCCGUUUCAUUAUAAAGUGUUAAAUAGCCCAAAUUGAAAAUUGUUAUUUGUUUACGGAUUUUUUUUUUUUUUCACUUUUAUUCUUCCUCCAGUUUUUGUGUGGUGGCAUCAUAGUGUAUUCAAGUGUAUGUGAAGAAGUGAUUUUCGUAGACAAAAGAGCUUGUUAAUAGAAAAAAAUUGUACAUUGGCGCUGUUAUCAAUCGUAAACAAACAAACAAAAAAGGAAGAAAACAUCAACUAGCACUAGAUUAGAGACAAACCAACCGAAGAAGAAAGUUUCAAUCGAAGUGUGUGUAUAUGUGUGAUGACUGGCUGUGUGCCACCGAAAAGAGAAAAAUAAAAUAAAUAAAAAGGAGAAAAGAAAUAAAGAUAAACCAAUCAAACACAAUAAUAGCAAACACAAAGUUUUCACCGCAUUUCAAAACUAAAUCGAAAAAUUACACACACACAACAAAGCUUUUUAGUUUUUUUGGCUGGUUUGAACUUAUAAUAAAUAAAAAAUAAUCAAAUUUUUGAAUCAAUGUGCGUACGACCUUCAAAAAACGUCUGACAACAUCAAAAGAAAAUUACAUUCUUACAAACAAAUAGUGACUCGUACACGGAAAGUUUUAAAUAUCAUUUUAUAAUUGGUAAGAAGUGUUUUAUCAACGUUCGUGGGAAGACGAAUGCGAGUACAUUUUGAUCCGAACAAAUUUUCCAGCCAACCGUGUUUUUUAUGUUAUUGCAACAUAAAUGUUGUUGUUCGAUUAAUUAGACAAAAUCAAUUCGACCGAGCGAGUGAGUGAACUUUCUGUGUUUUUCACUCUGUAACAGACAUAAAUCUUCCUCUCGUGUAUAAAACCACCUCUAAUCCAUUUAAUUCACCCACUCAAACAAUAAAAAAGGGUAUAUUACGAAACACCAAACGCUACCAAACGUAUAGAAACCCGGAAAUAAAAAAGUUUGAAAGGUUGGUUCAAAAUAAAUUUCAAAGUACUUACGCUCAACUCAAAAACGACGACGACGAAAAAUCAUUUUUGGCCAGUAUUUCUCUAUAUACGGUGCAUCAAAUUACUCUUCCUAUAGCUUUAAUUAAAUAUUUUUAAACAAACACGAUUUACUUCAAGAGACGCACGUGUUGCAAACGAGGUGCAAAAAUCAAUCGGAAGCAGUAUUUUAAAUAAAAAAUAGCUGAAAUUACGGAGAAAUACACACAAAUAGUAAGCAAUUGCAAUUUAAAAAAAGAAAGUCCGCAGAGACCGCAGAAAAAUUCAACCUCGACCAAAAGAGAAAUACCAACGCCGUAGUGAAGAUUAAAUUAAGUUUGGUGCAGCGCAGAAAGUGAUUCAGAAGAGGAGAUAAUAACAAAACAAAGAAGAUUCCAAACAAAACUAACAAAAAUCGAACGAAAAUUUUAUUAUCGUUGAUCGAAAAGGAACAUUUUUGUUGUGUCGGGAAUUUUUCGCAUUUUAAAAUUCGGAGAAAAUAGAAAUUAAAAAAAAAAAAAUGUCGUCACGCGUAACAAUCAGUGGUGAUGGUGGUGUUAGUGGUAGCCGCAGCAAUCAAUCGUCAAGUCAGCGAAGACAACGUUCAAGAUCAACAUCCCGUUUUGUGGACCCAAAUGAAGAAAAAAAGCCAAAGAAGAAAAAAACACUUAGCGCCACCACAAGCCUCGUAUCGAUACCAAAUACAAUUAAACUGAGCAUGCUUAACAGUGGACUGAUAUCGUUCGAAAGAGUCAAACUAGAAGCAAGAGAUGAAAACAAUUCAUUUUCACAAACAAUUCCGGAUAAACCCAUAGAACUUCAUCAUUUUGUUAAACUUUGUGAACAACGCCGGAAGUUUCGCGUUCUCUACAAAUUAGAAUUUCAAACCGCUGUUAAAGUGGAAACAAACUCGUGUCGGCACGCAUUGCGAAAAAAUAAUGAACAGAAAAAUCAAAACCAAAAGUGCAUUCCAUAUGAUUAUAAUCGUGUAGUAUUGGACAAAUUAGAUGGUGUUCCUGAUUCCGAUUACGUAAAUGCCUCUUAUGUUGAUAGCCUUUUAAAACCAAACGCUUAUAUAGUAACGCAGGGUCCAACUGAAGAAACGGUCAAUGAUUUUUGGCGAAUGGUUUGGCAGGAGAAUGUUAGUGCGAUUAUAAUGCUAACAAAAACAUUCGAUUUCACAAAGGUGAUGUGCAUACAAUAUUGGCCACCGUCACUUGAUAAAACCGAAGUGUAUGGCGAUAUUCAUAUUGGCAUCGUUGCAGAAGAACAAUUAGCUAAUUUUCAAAUUCGCACAUUCAGGAUAUGGAAGGAGAAUCUUGAUGGCGCCAUCACCGAAGAACGUCAGAUACUACAGUUUCACUAUACGGAAUGGCAUUCGCAUACGAACCCAUUUUCGAAUGCUGUUCUCGAAUUUCGUCGUCGUGUUCGUGCUGUUGUUGGUAACAUUAUAACAGCAAACAGUUUAGUUGGCCCAAUGCUGGUGCAUUGCAACGAUGGCGGCGGUCGGUCUGGUGUUUAUUUAGCAAUCGAUGCGAACAUGGAAUUGGCUGAGGAAGAGGACUGCUUUCACGUUUUUGGCUAUCUAAAAAAGUUGCGACAAUCGCGUAAAGGCCUUAUCGAAAAUGUGGACCAAUAUAAAUUCGUAUACGAUACAUUAGAGGAGCAUAUAAAAUGUGGACGAACAUGGUUUCCCGUAUCAGAAUUGUCGGAACGAUUAAAGGCAAAAGCACGUAAAGAUACCGUCACUAAAAUGAACGAAUAUCAAAAAGAAUAUGCACAAAUUUGCAAACAAACACCCAGAUUUACAAUUGGCGAUUGUGCCGGUGGACAUCGAGCUGAUAAUCGAGAAAAGAAUCGGGAUGUUUUGUGUGUGCCACCUGAUAAUUUUCGUCCAUAUUUGACAUCGUUUCAAGGGAACGCUUUUACCGAUUAUAUAAAUGCCGUUUUUGUUGAUGGCUAUACAAAGCCGCGCGAGUAUAUUGUCACCGAGUGGCCAUUGAAACAUACUGUAGGCGAAUUUUGGUCACUUGUAUACGAUCAGGAGUGUUCAGCUGUCGUGGUUUUAUGUCAACCACCACCGAAUUCGCAAGCAUAUCCAUCGUUUUGGCCGGAGAAAAGUAAAAUGGAAAAAUAUGGUCCAGUUUUUUCGGUGCAUUCAGUUUCGCGUAAACAUUAUCAAAAUAUCAAACAAUGGGAGUAUAAAAUAAAUAAAAAGAUAGUUUCGUUGACAGAAUUGAUGGCAGGUGUUAAGGCACCGACAAAAGUCGUACAACUAUUUCAGCUAACGUGUUUUCCAUUGGGUCACAAGGUACCAACAUCGACAAAUUCGUUGGUUGCGUUAAUGAACAUGGUUGAAAAUUGGCGUGCAAAAACUGAUUAUGGACCUGUCUGCGUUGUCUCACCCGAUGGACGAAGUCGUGCUGGAGUUUAUUGUGCGGCAAAUGCAUGCAUCGAACAGGUGAUACAACAUGGUGAAGUCGAUGUCUUUCAGGCUGUUAAAACUGUUCGACGACAUCGACCCCAACUUAUCGAUAAUAUGACCGAAUAUAAAUACUGCUAUGACUUGGUAUUACACUACGUCCUGCACUAUUUAAAUAAGGAUUUGAAGGAGAAAAAGUGAGAAAACGAAUUACACGACGGCCUGUGGUUUAUCGAAUUCGGGAGGGGCAAAGCGAUACCAUUAACACCUGAUUCAUCGAAUGCUGACCUACCCGGUGAAAUAUCGAACACAGGCAAAAUUGUCGUGAAAAAACGUAUUGCA